AUGGGGUGCGCGGGGGCGGGCUGCCUGGCAGCACUGGCCGUGCUGUGCGGGGCUCUCGGAGAUGCUCCCAGCAGAGGCAUCAAAUGCGGGGGGGUGCUCUCAGCACCCUCCGGCAAUUUCUCCAGCCCCAACUUCCCAGGGCUGUACCCCUACGAGACGGAGUGCACGUGGCUGAUCGUGGUGGCCGAGGGCUCCUCUGUCCUGCUCUCCUUCAACCACUUUGAGUUGGAAUACCAUGCUGCCUGCGCCUACGACUACCUCCAGGUCUACAAUGGGGCCACCCGGGACCGGGGCAACCUCCUGGGCACCUUCUGUGGCCGCAGCCCCCCGCCACCCUUCUCCUCCGCCUGGCACGUCAUGGCCGUCGUCUUCCGCUCCGAUCGCCACGUGGCCAAGCAUGGCUUUGCUGCUGCCUACCGGAAAGAUGCCUGCGGUGGGCAGCUGACAGGGCUGUCCGGGGAGAUCACCAGCCCCAGGUACCCCGAGAGCUACCCCAACGACGCCGAGUGCCGCUGGAGCAUCGUGGGGGCUGGUGGCGGUGGCCCCCUCACCCUGGUGUUCGCCGACUUCCAGGUGGAGGGUGGCCAGGGCUGUGGCUUCGACUAUGUGGCCCUCUUUGAUGGCCCCACCGCUGCUGCCCCCCGCCUGGGACGUUACUGCGGCAGCACCCGCCCGCCCCGCACCGUCUCCUCUGCCCGACACCUCCUCAUCCUCUUCAAGUCGGACUUCAACAUCGGCGGCAGAGGCUUCAAGGCCCAUUUCUACUCGGGUGAGUGCCAGGAGGUGUUCACCACCAUCAAAGGGAAUUUCUCCAGCCCUCGGUACCCCAACUUCUACCCCAACAACCUCAAGUGCCAGUGGAGCAUCCAUCUACCCCCGGGCUACCGGGUCAAGGUCUUCUUCUUGGACAUGGAGCUGGAGGGCCGGAGCAGCCUGACGGGUGGCUGUGACUAUGACCAUCUGGCCGCCUUCGAUGGUGGUGCUGAGAACGGGUCCCUGCUGGGGCGGUGGUGCGGGCGGGAGAGCCCAGUGCCUGUCAUGUCCCACAGCAACCAGCUGCUGCUGGUCCUCCACACUGACCGCAACACGGCCAAGAGGGGCUUCUCCAUCGCCUACGUGGGAGUUGUGCCCAUGAACGUCAGCUGUACCCGGACGGACUUCCACAUCCAGAUCCCCGUGCAGUCCCUGGCCCAGCUGGAGAAGAAUAGGAUUUAUUUGGGGACCCCCUCCUGUGCAGCGCAGGUGGUUGGCAGGAACUUCAAAAUACACACCAGGUUCGACACCUGCGGCACCGAAUCCCAGAAGCGCAACAAUACGUCUGUCAUCGUCAGCACCCUGUACAUCAAUUUUUCAGCGGGUGGUCAGGAGGACAUCCACCAGUACGAGGUGCAGUGUGAACCAAAGAGAAAGGAAGCCUCGGUGACCCUCAUUGCCGGCCCCGACCCAUCCAGGCUCAGCCAGGCAGAAAACCUUGUGGAUGCCCAGCAGCGGGAAGGGGGAGCGACAGACGCCCGCGAAAUCAAGAGCCAGGACACUAGCGACAUCGUCUUCAUCAGCAUCUGCAUCCUGGCUGGGCUCCUCAUGGUCAUUGCAGUGGUGGGACUGGUGCUUCUGUAG